GUCCGAGGCCCCGGCCCCCGCCCCCGCCCGGGAGCCGCGAGAUCCGGUUCCAGUCCUUCCCCCUGGGAGUCCCGAGCCGGGGCCCGGCCGGGGAGCCGGGCGCUGCCCCCGCCAGCGGGGCUUGGGCCAGGGGAGGCACGGCCGGGCGCCUUCGAGAGGGGCCGGGCCGGGACGCGGCAUUCCUUGAGUCCGCUCGGCGGGGAGCCCCGGCGACCCGCAGACCUGGGAGGCGGCCACCUGGAGCCCGGCGAGGCGGGGUCGCGGGAUCCCGGAGGAGAGAGCCCCGCGCAAAACAACUCCACACUGCGCUCCAGAAGCCCUCCCCAGACUCCCAAUCCCAGAGGACGCGUCCCUGUUUCCUCCUGCGCCCGGCCUGGCCCUCCCCGCUGGGGGGACUCGUGGGGGAUGCUCGCGUGCCUGUGCACCGUGCUCUGGCACCUCCCUGCAGUGCCAGCCCUCAACCGCACAGGGGACCCGGGGCCUGGCCCCUCCAUCCAGAAAACCUAUGACCUCACCCGCUACCUGGAGCACCAGCUCCGCAGCUUGGCUGGGACCUAUCUGAACUACCUGGGCCCCCCUUUCAACGAGCCUGACUUCAACCCACCUCGGCUCGGGGCGGAGACUCUGCCCAGGGCCACUGUCGACCUGGAGGUGUGGCGAAGCCUCAACGACAGACUGCGGCUGACCCAGAACUACGAGGCCUACAGCCACCUCCUGUGCUACCUGCGUGGCCUCAACCGCCAGGCCGCCACGGCUGAGCUGCGCCGCAGCCUGGCCCACUUCUGCACCAGCCUCCAGGGCCUGCUAGGCAGCAUCGCGGGCGUCAUGGCAGCUCUGGGCUACCCGCUGCCCCAGCCUCUGCCCGGGACUGAGCCCACCUGGACGCCUGGCCCUGCCCACAGUGACUUCCUCCAGAAGAUGGAUGACUUCUGGCUGCUGAAGGAACUGCAGACCUGGCUGUGGCGCUCGGCCAAGGACUUCAACCGGCUCAAGAAGAAGAUGCAGCCUCCGGCAGCCGCAGUCACCCUGCACCUGGAGGCCCAUGGCUUCUGAUCCCUGACCUUCACCACCGUCUCUUUCCCCUCCCCCUUCAAGCCCUGCUCCCACUCUGGGAGGGAGAAAGGCGUACACCAACACUUGUUGAGCCAGGAGACAGAAGCCAUGAGCCUCUAGCCCUCCCUGGACUGGGAGGAGGGUGUGAUGCAAUAAGGCCCAUCCCCUCCCCGCUUCCCUAAGUCCUACGUGUCUGGGGAAGAGGUGCAAUAGGCCCCAUCCCAUUUCCACAGGACGUGAUGCUCAAGGGAGCCCACAAUGGUUCAAGUUGGUGCAAGGCUCUCACAGCUUCCUGCUCCCUGCCAACCACUUGCCAGCCCACCCAGCCCCUCAAGUGGCACUGCCAGGAAGCGUGCCUGUAGGGCAGGGAGGGGGCCACCAUCGCAUGUGCCUUUCUGGGGUGAAGCCCUUUGGCUGCCCUGCUCUCCUUAGAUGGGUGUUGCUCCCCUACCCCCAAAUAACUCAAUACAUCCGAUUCAGGAAACAAACACAGUGGCAAGUCCAAACAGGAAGAGAUGGGAUCAAAAAUGGAAGAGGUGGGAUCUGCAUUGGAGGUAAUACUGAAAGCAGAGGGGCAGGGACAGACUGGACCCAGGGGUCCCCAAGGCAGUCGGUGGCACAGGGUGGCAACCAAAAGGACAUUGCCUUGAAUUUUCUUGCCAGCCCCAGGGUGCCUCCAAUCCGCCCCCUUUCCCAGGGUAUCUGUGGGUUGCCCAGGCUGGGGAGGGCAGCCAUAGCCACAGCCACAGAACUUCCUGAAAGUUUACAUUGCAGUAGCAUUUCGGGGUGCGGGGGGGCAGCUCCCCCAGGCCCUGCCCCCCAGCCCCACCCACUCAUGACUCUAAGUUUGUUGUAUUAAUAUUUAUUUAUUUGGAGAUGUUAUUUAUUAGAUGAUAUUUAUUGCAGAAUUUCUAUUCUUGUAUUAACAAAUAAAAUGCUUGCCCCAGAACUUCAUCUCUUUGCUUGGCCUU